AUGCAACUCGCGACCGCCUACCAACAUCCUAUGGUCUUGAUUCUAUGCGUAUGGAUCUGCUUUGUAAGCGUCACUUGUGCAAAGAAGACUUGCAAUGUUUUGGAUUACGGUGCAAAAGCCGAUAAGCAAACCGACAUAGGCCCUCCUCUGCUGAAAGCAUACGCAGAUUGUUUAAAGGCGACCACUGGACGCCCGGAAGAUACCAUCGUACUAAUCCCUCAAGGCGAUUUUUCCCUCAAGAGCAACGUCCUAUUUGCCAAAGGAAAAGGACUUACUUUCACAUUCAAUGGCCAAAUUCAUCUAGCUUACAAUAGUCGGUACACCGGUAACAUGAUUGCGUUCACUCGCUGUCAGAAUCUCGUUGUGAACGGCGUAGGAGCCUUUCAUGGCUAUGGAGAUUUAUAUCGCCCCGGUGGCAAUCUCAAUCACUUACCACAGCGACCCCGUCUGGUACGGUUUGAAAAUUGUCAAGACGUAGAUUAUUCUGGGUUUAACCUAUUUGAUGCACCUUUAUAUCACCUGGUAGUUGCUUUGGGAACCAACUUCCGGAUCCACAACUUCCGUAUCAGCAGUACCAAUAUUGGUGCCACCGAUGGAAUAGACGUCUCAGGCACAAACAUACAUGUGCACGAUGUUGAUAUCAAGACCGGUGAUGAGUGUGUGACGGCGAAGUCCCCUAUGAAAGGAUUGCUAGUUGAGCGAGUCAGCUGCAUUAACACUGAUGGCUGUUCCAUCGGUAGCUUUGGGGCAUCUGGCAAAGGGUACAUCGUCGAAGAUGUCUUAUACCGCCAUGUGAAUCUAACCAAUGCAUCCAACGGGGUGGUUGUGAAGACUUACUCGUCGUCCCAAGGAACCAUAAGGAACAUCACGUUCACGGACUUUAUCUUGGACAACGUAGCAUAUCCAAUCAAGUUUGACUAUACGUGGGGAGAAACGCUACACAAAACCAAGCGUAACAUAGGUUCGAGUUAUGGGUCGCAAAAAUGGACAGAUGCCAAGUUUAUUAACUUCCGAGGAACUGGUAGUAAAUACAGGCCUUUGGUCACUCUCCACUGCUCUCCUCGCUCUCCCUGCACUCAUUUCAAGUUCCAAAACAUUCAACUUCAGGGAUCAGUCGAAGAACCAUCCAUUUCUUCAGCUUGCGGGACCGUGGACAACCUCUCAAGAAAAGUUUUGAAGAAUAGUCUGCCCGGGUGCUGA